UGAUUGACGCGCGGCUCUUCCACCUUGACCAUUCGUGGUCAGAGCGGUUUAUAAUCGGCGACUGAGGACUGCUUCGGCAGCUCACCAGGCGACAAAGGGUGCACCACGUUCUUUCUGGAGUCACCAUGGCACUCAAGUUCCUCGCUUUGUUGGCCUUGCUGGGAGCGGCUGUUUCUUCGGAAGACGACAAGAAAAGCACGGCACGCUGCUACGACCAGCAUCCGCCCUUCGUGCGAGGCUGCGAAAAGAGCGCCACACUCUGGUUCUACAACGAGACUGUAAAGAACUGCGAGCCGCGUACAACUCCGCUGUGCGGGGACAUCAUGUGGGACAAGAACGUAUUCAAAAACGGAAAGUUUUGUAAGAAACUGUGCAGAGAUCCCGUGCUGGGAGACUGCGCCGCCCCAGAGCCGGAGAAUGUGUGCCGAGGCAACAUCCGCAUGUACAGGUUUAAUCCUGACAAAAUGCGAUGCGAAUGGUUCUCUUACGGAGGCUGCGGUUCCAAGGAUGGGCUCUUCGAAACGCUCGAAGCAUGCCACGCCAAAUGUCAGAAAUUCGAACAAGAUCCCUGUGUCUCGCCCAUCGACGAAGGCCACAGCUGUCCGUCGGGGACAGCGAUGCCGAUGUACGGCUUUAAUGCGGCGAGGCAGAAGUGCGAAGAGUUCGAGUACAAAGGCUGCGGGGGCAACGGAAACAACUUCGUCGAGAAACACGAAUGCUGGUCCACUUGUGCAAAGCACGUGAAGGAUCCGUGCAACUUCCCCAUCAACGGAGGCCGACCUUGCGGAAACCAGAACAGCCAGACCGUCUUCGGUUACAACGGAGCCACCAAACGCUGCGAGCAGUUUGGUCACCGGGGUUGCGGCGGCUACCCCAACAAAUUCCCGACGGCUGAGCAAUGCUGGAAGAGCUGCACAAGUUUGGACAGACUAGAAAAUCCUACGCGGAAAUGUCUUAGACCAGCGGUGAAGCAGACCAAGGGAACCCACGUGAGGUAUUUCUACAACAUGACGUCGAACACAUGUGAACGUUCGAGGUACUGGCUAAAGGAUAAUUCGAAGACUAGGUUUGCAACUCUGGAAGAGUGCGAGAGCACUUGCAAACCCGUGUACGGGUCAUCAAGGCGUUAGUAAGGCUACGACUAUGAUUUCGAAUCAAAUAAACUAUCACCAAAAUCAA